AUGGCGCCCCUUACCAUUCAGGAUCCCGCACUCCCAAAGAACAGCACCGUCGUAGUCUCCGGCGCGAAUGGCUUCAUCGCAAGCCACAUCGCAGACCAGCUCCUCGCCGCCGGCUACCUUGUCCGGGGUACUGUCCGCGAUCCUUCCAAAACCACCUGGCUAUCCUCCCACUUCGACAAGACCUACGGCGCAGGGCGCUUCACCCUGCAUGCCGUGCCCGAAGUAACCAAAGAUGGGGCUUUCGAUGAGGUCGUCAAAGGAGCCGACGCCGCGAUCCACACAGUCGCAAUCAUGAACAUGGACCCUAACCCCGAUAACGUAGUCCCUCCCAACGUCGCCGCGACCCUCUCCAUAGCCCGCAGCGCCGCCGCCUCUCCGUCCGUCAAGCGUCUCGUCUACACCUCCUCCUCCGGCGCCGCCGCGAUGCCGAAGCCAGGCGUGCCGUACGAGGUCAAAGCGGACACCUACAACGAGGAAGCCGUCGCCAUCGCCUACUCCGGCAAGGGGCCUGGUGGGCUGGCUGGAGGUUACCUCGCCUACUCUGCCGCAAAGACCAAAGCCGAGCAGGCACUAUGGAAGUGGUUUUCCGAGGAGAAGCCCGGAUUUGUGUUGAACUCGAUCGUCCCGAACGCCGCACUGGGUAGGGUUCUCCUUCCAGAGCACCAAGGCUUCCCGACAGCAGUUGGGCUUCUCAAAGCGCUGUGGCAAGGCCAUAUAUCGCCGGAGCUCAUCUCCAUGUUCCCAGCUCAAUGGUUUUGCGACGUAGUCGACAUCGCUCACAUGCACAUCGCCGCCCUUCUCUCCCCGGACGUCGAAUCAGAACGCCUGAUCGCGUACGCUGGCCGCUUCACCAUCAACGAUUUUCUGGCCGUCUUUCGGGAGACGCAAUCAGACCGCAGCUUCCCGGCCGACGUGCCCGAUCUCGCCGAAGACCAAGGCACUGUCGCCAACGAGAGGGCGACUGAGUUGUUGAAACGUGUGCGAGGAGGACAGAGCUGGACCAGUUUGAGAGACUGCAUUGCCCCUUUGGCUGCUCAAUAUGCUGCUUCUGAGACCAAGUAA